AUUCCCGACCUCCGCCCACAACCCCUUGGCCCCGCCCCUGUCACCCCUGACCCCGCCCACACCUCCCCGACCACGCCCCUGUCACACCUGCCCAUACCUCUCUGGCCACGCCCCCUGACCCCGCCCCCCGCCGGUGCCGCCGCUCCCGGAAACCCCGAGGGGGCGGGAUCAGGGGAGAGCGGCGGGACGGGCGGCACCACGCCGGGUGGCACAGGCAGCGGUGACAGUGGUGACAGGGCCAGCGGGCGCGUGCGGGCGCUGCAGCGCGAGGUCGAGGGCGUCACCACCAUCAUGACGCGGAACGUGGAGCAGAUCCUGGCGCGGGGGGAGAACCUGGAGCGGCUGCACGACAAGAGCCAGGACCUGGAGGCCACCUCACAGCACUUCAAGGUGACAUCGCAGAAGGUGGUCCGUCGGUACUGGUGGAAGAAUGUGAAGCUGCUCAUCAUCCUCGGCCUCGUGGGUGUCAUCAUCCUCAUCCUCAUCAUCCUCCUGGCCACCGGCACCAUCCCCACCUAGAGCCACCCUGUCCCCCAGCUGGGACCCCCCCAGUCACCACUGUCCCCUGAAAAUACAGGGGUGACAAGA